GGAUUGAGUUAUGUUUUACUGUGACAGAGUCGGUCUGCAUGACAAUUCGACGACUUUCUGUGUCGUGAAACGGGUUUGCUAAAGCCGAGGCACAUGUCAGUCUGACCAUGAGUCGAGGGAAAGACGCCGCGAUGGUGAGGAACCCGCGGAGGGACAAAUCUGAAGUCAGCUGCUGUAUCAAAUAUUUGAUGUUUGGAUUCAAUGUUUUGUUUUGGUUGAUUGGGGCCACAGUUUUGGCCAUUGGAUUGUGGGCAUGGACAGAAAAAGACAUGUUCAACAACAUCAACAAAAUGACCAGCAUCACCCUUGACCCGGCACUGUUCUUCAUACUGAUUGGUCUAGUCAUAUUUAUUAUCGGGUUCUCUGGCUGUGUUGGUGCUCUCAGGGAAAACACAUGUCUGCUCACAUUUUUCUGUGUGUUGGUGGGCCUGAUAUUUUGUGUGGAGCUGUUGAUUGGGAUCCUAGGUUUUGUUUACAAGGACUGGGUUAGGGGUGAGAUAGAGAUGCAAGUGAGAAAUAUGAUUGUCAACUAUCGUGAAGACAUUGAUCUCCAAAACCUGAUCGACUGGGUACAGGAGGACUGGUUGUUAUGUUGUGGAAUGACUGACUACAGAGAUUGGGAACUUAACCGAUACUUUAAUUGUUCCUCCCCGGGGGCUGAGGCUUGUGGAGUGCCAUUUUCCUGCUGUAAACCUACAAAUGAAAUAAUACAGAAUCGCCAUUGUGGCUUUGACAUUUCCAAACCAGAACAUGAUGACAUCCGAAGUCGGACAAUAUAUACAGAUGGCUGUAUACCUCAAGGGGAGAAAUGGAUGGAGGUGAAUCUUAUACCUGUAGCCUCAGUAUUAGUGGGCAUGGCUGUCCUACAGAUACUGGGUAUUUGUUUUGCUCACAACCUCAAAAGUGAUAUACUGGCACAGAAAGCUAAAUGGAGAUAUCCCUAGCUAUUGAACCAGACUUCAGACAACAAAAUGUGAAGGACACAUAGAUACUUGUAUCAUGUCAAGGAAAGAUUCACUGUUGGUAGACAGCAUUUUUCUAGACGCAUCAUUUCUUACAGAAAAAAGGUGUCAAAGACACAUCAUAUUCUACAGAUAACGUAAUUUUGAUGGUACGUAAACUUUUACAAAAAUAUCAGAGACAACUACAGUACUUACAACGACCUGGAUUUUCAAAACAAGAUUUUUUCUAACUCGACGAGGGAUACCUAUGAUGUUUAGUAACCUGUUUACAUGCUACAUAUUUACUUUACAACAAAUUAUCAUUAUUGUACAUAAUUGUAAAAUAGAAAUCUUUUAGAUGUUGUCGUUACAGAGGAUACUGAUCAUUAGAGUUAAAUGAGCGAUCAACUGUGUAUAUACUCUUUAUACUUUUGUAAUAGGCUAUAGGGCAAAUGAUCAACUGAAAAUAUAAUUUCAAUAGAUACACUUAUAUGAACUAAACCUCAAUCAGUGAUAAUUUUUCCUUGGAAAUCGUUUGUGAUAAAUCAAUAUUUUAAUGAUAAAGUUCUCUUUUUUUCCCUUCAGUCAUUUCAAUAAUUCUUUCAAUUGGUUUUUAAUUAUUUCGUUCAGAUGUUUUUAUGAGGAUACGAAUAUCUUAAAAAAAAAGUCACAUAAAAGUUUCUUGGCCUAAUUUAGCCAUUUUUCUUUCCAUAGUGACCACUGUAGUAGUAGUGUUACAGUGUCAGUGGGGAAAAAGCAACAUUGCAACAAUAUUGUGCAUGUUGACAUGUGAUCACCAUAGCAACAGUGUUGUGAGACUCUUACCAUUGUGUAUCAAAUUAAUAGUGGCUUUUUUGCUGCAAAAGUACAAGAUCUCUAAAAAAUUCUUCUAUUUAUAUUGCUUUAUUGAAAUAAAAUUUUUGAUAACCUAACUUGAUAAGAAUGGUUUGAUAGGAAUUUUUACCUUGUAGAAAUGGUGUAUAUAUAUAACUUAAAGAAAGAGAGAGAGAGAGGGAGAGAUAGAGAGAGGGAAAGAAAGAGAGAAGAAAUUUCGCAAUUAAUUUUAAUACAAGAUUGAUGAAAAGACUACCAAAAGUCUAUUGGUUUUAUGUCAUACUAAAUGUAUGUAUCUCACAAGUAUAUAUGUUUGUUCAGAUAUGUUCUGAUGGUACCUAUGAGUGAGUGACAAAUAUUUAUUUGUAGUCAGGAUUUUAAAGGCAACAAUGUGUGAUAGAAUUUUCAGUUAUAUCCGUAUACACUGAGAACUGUAUCUGGCACAAUGUAUAUUUCUCUGUGAUUUAACCUAGUGUAUAUUUAUAGUUUAUAAAGUCCCUGAUGUUAAAUGCCAAGGAUGCACGCAAUGGCAGCUUGGAAGUUUAAAUGCAUACCUAAGGAUACAGGCUACCCAAGGGAGAUAAAAACACAUUUGAACCCACUAUUUGGAACUUAUUUCAAUUCCCUGUGUAAUGACCAUAAACUGUUUUGAAAACAAAUGUUUACUAGAAACAUUUUAUACCAUCUUUUUAAUACUGCUGGUCAACUUUCUAAUUUUUAAGGUAACACCUACAGGGACUUUGCAAUGAUUCCUAACCUGCCAGUCUGUAUAUCAAAAUACAUUUGUACAGACUGUGGGGUUGAGAAUUCAUGCCUGCAAACAUAUUAAAUGAAGUGUAUUCUUUCAACCAGUGAAAUGACUAAUUAUCAGAGACCUCCCAGACUAGAUUUUAAGCCUGAUGUUAGUAUGUAGUCAUUUUUUCCCCACCGCACACUAGCUCGAGUCACCCAUGACGUUUACACAUAUCCCAAUCAGUGUCCUUUCAUGUGUGGUAGUCAUUUUUAUACAAAGUCAUGUUUUUAGCUCGAAACAUGUGUGCUAUUUGUAUUAUCAUGUGCCAACUCCACUCGCAAUUAUAAGUGUCCAUUGUCGUUGUGAUAAAGUCUGCAAUAUUUAUGCCAUUAUAUGUACAUUUUUGUAUUUUAUUUCGUCUGAAAUGAAGAGUAUGAUUUGUAGGAUAUUGAAAAGAAUUUUGAAUUACAGAAAACCUUCGUCUUGUCAAGAUGUUUAAGACAAAGAAUAAUUCAACUAGCAGCUGUAGUGUGUUAAAAAAUAAUUUUUGCUGAAAUUUGUGCCUUAUCCUCUAAAUAAAAGGAGAGGUGACACCUUAUUCUUCAUGCAAGGGGAAAAGUGCAAAGCAUUUCUGUAUUUCGUUGCAGGGCAAAGGUCAUGUUCAUCAUGUCUAUUCAAAUUCUGAUAAAGGAUGUUAAGAUAAAAUGCAAAGAUAAAGAAACAAAACACAUCUGAUUUCCGUGUAGCUGAUUCAGUCCCAAUAUGAAUUUAUCUGUCAACACAACUUUUAUUUUGCAAAAAUAUUAUUGAUUAAUCAUGUUCACCUUGACAUCUACAUGUUAUAUGAGAUUUUCAAUGUUUUCUGUAUUAGAUGGUAAGAAAAAAAAUUAAAAAGUUGCCAUGAGGUUUUGUUUGUCAAGAGUUGUUCCCCUUUUGUAAAACAGUGCAAUACUACAUAUUCAUGUGCAAUUUUCUUUAACAUUGGAAAUGUUUCUACCACUGUGGAAAACGCGAUACAACAGAUUUCUUUUUUACUUCUCCGUUGUUUCACUUCCAAGAUAAUAAAAUCUGCACCAUUGAUCUUUACCUGUCUAGAAAUGACAGGCUAGAUCUGGUGUAAUGUAGAAGGGAUGAGACCCUAAUGUCUACUGAAAUAUCUCAUACAGUUACUACAGGUACUCUGAGUACAGUAAUUAUGUAUAUAACCUCUCAAAUAUGAUAUGAAAUUAAUGGCAUUUUUUAUGAACAGAAAAGAUUUGUGAUAGAUAUUAUAAAAACCAUUUGAGAAUUCAGGGAUGAAAUUUGAAGAAGAUACAGAUUUUGGCCGAAAGAACUUCUCAGAAGAUAGAUGUACAUGUGUUUGUUAUAUGUUUCUUACAUAAAUAAUCAAUUUGAAAUAUGAAUGAGAGUCUUGCACAGGUUUAAGUAUUGAUAUUGAUUUCCAGUGUAGUUUUAAAAGUCCCAUUUUAACUGGUAUGCUUACUAUAUUGUUGUACUAGAUCAUGCUGUGAUGAUGUACGUGUUAUGUCUGUUCAACCCUCUCAUAAAGUGGAUAGAUUGAUAUCUUCAGGGCUUUGUAUAUGUUAAGUUGCAUUUUGUCUUUUAUCAUUUGUUGUGAUUUUUAUUUGGCAUUAGAAAUCUUAUUAAGAGAGUCCACCCUUUUCCCAAAUUCCCUUUAGAAUCUCUUUAUACUCUCACAUAGUGGCUACUGUGAAAUCUUAUAUUAUAAUGGGGCCCAGUCAUUGUGGGUUUUUUAAAAAAAAUUAACUUACCCAGUACACAGUAUUCAAUAAUUCAUGCACAUGUGAUCAGAUUUCAUGAAGUAUUCAUGAAAUUAAAAAAUAAAAAAUCCCCAACGAAAAUUAAGAUUUUAUACUAUACACAAGCAUGGAUGAUUUUAUCAUUCUGAGCAAUUCAAAAUUUUGGGUUUUUUUUUUUUAGUUUUUUAUAGAAAAGUACCUUUAACACUAAUGUUCAUAUUUUAACCAUUUCAUUUUGAGGCAAUAUUCAAAGUUAUUGCAAUAUUUAAAAAAAAAAAUUUGUUUGAAUGUGUAAGACAAAAUAUAUGUAGUACAAUGUAUACCACUUAGGUAAACCAUAUAUAUAUGUAUACUUACACAUUUCUGAUGAGGUUGUUUACAAACUUCAUGCAUAUGCAUGUAUAAGUGAAACUACUGCAAUACCUGACUGAUACAGAAGUAUAUGACAAGAAAAAAAUGAAUUAUCGUUAGUUGAGGGUUUCUUAAGCAUUGGUUUGUAAUCUAGUCAAAUAUGCUUUCAUUUAAUUUCAUGGUUGAUAGUCAUUAUUUUUAUCUUUUUGUGAGAAAUGUUUUAGUUUCACUUUAAUGAACAGCUGCUUAUUUUCAGAGUUGUAGAAAAUUCUGGUAAAGAGAUGUUUCAUAUGAAGAAAACAACAAUGUAAUAAAAACAGGUGACUAAGGUUUAAAAUGGCAACUUUAUACUGAUGGGAAUCGGUUCUUGUCGAUUAAUCAAUCAUUGAACACAUAUGAUUGAUCAAUUAUUGAUUUUAAUUGGCUUCAAAAUAGCUUGAGUUGUUUGGUUUUUGUAUUAAAGAUACUGUAAAUUUCAAAUCAUUGUUUUAGCUCAACUUUGAAAAUUGUUACUAUAUAUCUGUAUGUUUGUGAAUUUAUACAUUAAGAAUACCACAAAUUUAAGCUUUCAAGGCAACUGGUUGUAAAUUAUCUCAAAAUGUCCAAAUAGAUAUAAGGAGUAAUACUUUAUUACUGUAUUUCUGAGAUCUGGCAGUCAUUUUAAAUCUGAUUGGUUAUACAUAUCACUAAUCAAUUGAUUUUCGAUAAUUUGCCCAUCAUUAUAGCUUUUAAAAUUUUAUGCAUUAAAAGUACAUGCAUUUGAAAGAUUCGUCAUUAUAAUUGAUGUGUAUGAUAAAUAUACAGUUAAGUCCCUCUUUAUCAUGGCAGUUUUAAUGUAAAUGUGAUGUAGAGAUCAUUGCUUUAACUGGCAGAAGUCUCUUCCUAUUAUAUUUAGCUUUGACUUUGGGGCAAUUGCUCUAUAUUUCUUGGUUUUUACAAAUUUUUAAAAGAUCUUUUUACAUGUGGGUUUUUUUUUAAUGGACAUUUGAACUUAGAAAAACUUAAAUGAAUCUCUGCCAAGGCAACAAGGAAUGAUAAAUGUAGUUUCAUAUAAAAGAUGAUUAAAUUUCUUACUUGUCUUGCAUUUCAAACAACCUGUUCUCUACGAACACAGCUGAAAUUUGUUUGGUUUUAACUCUAUGAAUGGUGUUUUAUACCUUAGUGUAUCUGUGUAGUUGCUCUUGUUAUACACUGAAUUUGAUAAAAUUUUGCUUAUUUCAUACUUUAAAUAUGAUGAAAGUAAUUUCAAGAUUUUAUAAUUUUACUAUCAUAAUUGAUGGAUCGUGAUUGUAUUGCUGCAAAUUUUAUUUUCAAAUAGCUAUAGCAAUGUUGUAUGUGAAUUUCAUAUUGAAAUUUGGUUGUGCAUCAAUAGAUAUAUAUCAGAUCCUAUUUGGAUUUCUAACAUGUUAAGAUAAGUCAUGUUAUCUCUCUAUCAUGGUCAGCUGUAAUAUUUUGGAGUAUUCAUCUGGAACAUCGGUGAAUUUUUAUCAAUAUAUCAUAUUUCCAGGUAAAUAAUGUCAUAUUUUGGUCCAGAAUCCAAGCACUUGCUCCUGAUAUAUAAUUCGUCUCCCACCUGGAUCCUGAUUUUCUUUGAUGUGUCAAACAAUCUUUGAAACAGUCUUUCUUGGUAAUACCAAAUCUAAAUCUGGUAAAAAUAGUCCCUAUUUUAAGAAUUGGCAUCAGAUGUAUGUAAAACCACACAUUGAUAUGGGAGUAAAGAAAGAAAAGCAGCAUUCUAGUUAGAUAUACAGACUGUUUCCCAAUUCAGUGAACAAAACAGCAUGCUGCAAGUUAAUUUAAACACAAGUGAUACUCAUGUCUUGAGGCAUGUGUAGGUUAGGGGAAGGAGAAUUCUUUUUAGAGUAAAGCUUACUUGCUCCAACAGGCUGAUAAAAAGACUCAGCUCAAGAAACCCAUCUGAAUCUGCCAUAGUUUGAAUUUGUAAAAUUUGUUAAGAAUGUCCAUCUUAUCAUUGGAUUAUGACUCUGUUGAGGCUCUAGAAGAGUAGCUGUGCAGGCUCUAGAAGAGUAGAGGCAGUGUAUUACAUGUUUCUAUAGUCAUGUAGUUGAAGGAAGGUUUUGUUACAACUCCAAUGUCUCUACAGUGUCAUUGUACAUUGUACACCAUGUCAUCAAUAAAGUCUCUUCUAUUUUUA